AUAACAGGUGGAUUUGUAUAUGGGCUGUGUUUUUUUCUCAGUGUGCGAAACUCAACAAAAUUCUACAAAAUUGUCUUAGGGUGCAGAUAAAAUACAAUACACACAUUAGAUGGAUCAUUAAGUGGGCAAGUGAUCAUUCUUCGUAUGGUUGCAUAUGUCAGAUCUGAGGUAAAUGGUACAUGGCUAAUGAGGAGUGUGCCCCAUUAUUGCACAAUAGUUCCAAUGACUCAGGUGGAAGACGUUAGUACUACUUUUCACUCCACUAUAUCUAUUUGACAGAUAAAGUUAUUAGUGCAGAUCACACAUUACGAAUAAUUACUAUAUCAACUAUGUACAUAUUUGCAUUGGUACAUAUGAAACUGCUUAACAGAUAAUGAAAAAACAAGGUUUAACAUAAAGGUGUUUAUUUACACAUAUGUGUCAGGUACGAAUUUAAAUGCUUGAUUUUUUAAAAAUGUACCAUUUUUAAAUUGUUGUAUCGCUGCAACUUCUACUCAUGCAUUAUAUCCGUAUCCAUUCAUCCAAAUAAUUUUACAGUGGGGAAGAAGAGAAAAUAAUUGAAAUCUGCUGUCUUUAAUGCUCGUGGAAGAGAAAUGUCAACAAAAUGACUCAAUUUAACAAGAAAAAACCCACGAGAAUAGAAACUGCUGGAACAACUUUACCUGCCUCUUAUGUAAUGCAUAAUGCAUCGUCUCUUAUGUAAUGCAUUACAAUGGAUGGUCCUUGGACUGUGCAGCGAGUUAUGAAGGCUGAUGUUCGUAGGUGUGGUUAACCUUCACGCUACAAACCUGCAGCGUUCCUCCAGUUUGAGACGCGGGCCUGUCCAGCAUGAAAAGUGUCCGGGUUGUAGUGGUUGGAGCAGGUGUGGUUGGCUUCUCCACGGCUGUCUGCAUCGCUGAGGCUCUUCCUUUCUGCUCCGUGUCUCUGCUGGCUGAGAAGUUCAGUCCAGACACCACCAGUGACGGUGCAGCUGGGAUCCUGUUUGCAGCAGAGUUUCCAGACAUUCCCUUGGAAAGGCAAAGGCGCUGGUUCAAGUACAGCUUUGAUCACCUGUUUGAUAUUGCGCAAUCCCAACACUCACCGGACGCUGGAGUAAUGCUGAGCUCUGGCUGGCAAAUUUUCAAGGAGGUUCCAGCCGAUACGAAACCCUUCUGGUCAGAGUUUGUGAUCGGCUUUCGGUCCAUGACUGAUGGUGAACUGAAAAGGUUUCCAGAUCACAAGUUCGGACAGGCGUUCACAACCAUUAAAUGUGAAUGCUCCAGCUACCUGCCGUGGCUCCAUCACAGGUUCACAAAGGCUGGAGGUCAAGUGGAACAGAGGAAGGUCAACAGUCUCCAGGAAUUAAGCAACGGCUAUGACGUCAUCGUCAACUGCUCCGGCCUGGGCUCCAAAAAGCUGGUGGGUGACCACGAGAUGUACCCCGUCAGAGGUCAGGUCCUCAAGGUGGAGGCCCCCUGGCUGCAGCACUUCAUCAGAGACGGAGACGGAAAGACCUACAUCUACCCCGGCAUACACUGCGUCACCAUCGGGGGCACGAGGCAGGAGGGGGACUGGCGACUCCAGGUGGACGAGGGCGAGGCGAAGAGCAUCGUGGAGCGCUGCAGCGGGCUGGAGCCGUCCAUCAGCAGGGCCAGAGUCCUCAGCCAGUGGGUCGGUCUGAGGCCGGGCAGGAGGAACCCGAGGGUGGAGAGGGAGGUGGUGCAGCUGCAGGGCCGCGGGGUCCCCGUGGUCCACAACUACGGCCACGGAGGCUGCGGAGUCACCUUGGCCUGGGGAACCGCCCUGGACGCCCUGGGGCUGGUAAGGCAGUGUCUUCAUGAAAUGCCACAACGGGCCAAACUGUGAAGCAGCUCUGCGGAUCUUUAAAUAAUGUGGAAUUAAGAAGCUAAUCAAAACCUAAAUCUUGAGAAUUUGCAGAAUGUUUUACAUUUUAUAAUGCCAUGAAAGUAUGUCAAAAUAAUACAUUAUGGUGAACAAUUGUGUUUGAGAGAAUGUCAUCAUACUUACUGCUUUUCAUCAGUGGAACGAUCUACUGGACGUUAUUGAAAUAUACCAACAUUUAUUCAUGUGAGAGUAGAACAGUAUUUUACAGUCUUGUUAGAAGUUAUACAAAGAAUAUAUGAAAGACGCCAUAAUUAUUUAAACGAAUAAAAAGGGAAAUACUGUAUAUUUACUGAUGUGAUAUAAACAGCUCGUCUGACUGGAAUAAAACUGCUGACAGUGGA